AUGAAUAUGAUGGCGUUCCUGGUGACGACAAUUAUGAACCAUACUUAUGAGAACGAAGCGGUUGCAGCGCUGCUGAACGAUUCAAAGGAACACUUCGAUGCUGUUAUUGUAGAAUGGAUAUUUAACGAGGCUAUUGGGGGUAUUGCAACGAUUUUCGACUGCCCUCUGAUUUGGAUGUCCUCAGUGGAAGUACAUUGGAAGCUUCUAAGUUUGAUCGAUCAGCCUUCGAACCCUGCAUAUUCAGUAGACAUGACGUCGUCCAAUCAACCACCAUUGAGUUUUACAGAGAGAGUCAGCGAACUGUGGACUCAAAUACAAAUUUCUGUCCUGUCUUACUUUAUCUUUGACAAAAUGCAAGACGACACGUACCAAAAGUACGUGGUUCCAGCGAUUACAAAGCGCGGAAGAGAUGCCCCAUCCUUCUAUGAAAUGAAGUAUAAUGCUUCCUUAAUUCUGGCUAAUGCAUACGUAUCCACAGCAAUCCCUCAGACGAUGCCUCAAAGUCAUAAAUACAUUGGAGGAUAUCACGUCGAUGAAGUCGUGAAACCUUUGCCUGAGGAUUUAAAGAAACUGAUAGAAAGCUCAAAGGAUGGUGUCAUUUACUUCAGCCUGGGUUCCAACUUGAAGAGCAAAGAUUUGCCAGAAGAAAUCCGAGUGAGCCUAUUGAAGAUGUUUGGAACGUUAAAGCAAACGGUCCUGUGGAAGUUUGAGGCCAACAUGACGGACUUACCUCCAAAUGUCCACAUUCUGGAAUGGGCACCGCAGCAAGCCAUUCUAUCUCAUCCUAAACUUGCUGUCUUUAUCACUCAUGGAGGUCUCCUAUCAACCAUAGAGUCUGUCCACUUCGGAAUUCCAAUCAUCGGUAUUCCUGUCCUGGCUGACCAGCACAUGAACAUUAAAAAAGCAGUCAGAAAUGGAUUUGCUCUUAAAGUAGAUCUGUCUUAUACAAUGGCUGAUCAACUGAAAAAAGCAAUCAUUGAAGUUACCAGUAAUUCAAAGUAUGCGCAAAAAGCGAAAGAGUUGUCCUUUAUCCACCACGACCGUCCAGUGAAGCCAGGAGUUGAACUGGUGCACUGGGUGAACCACGUGAUCAAUACCCACGGCGCGCCACACUUACGCUCCCCCGCCCUGCACGUACCCUUCUAUCAAAAGAUGUACCUGGACCUCGCCGCAGUCCUCAUCUUUCUGUUCCUGGCUGGACAACUACUCCUGAAGAAAGCUUACGCAGCAGUAUUUUCUAAAAGUAAAUCCAAUAAGAAGAAGACUCAUUAG